AUGAGAAGAUGGUUUUUCAGGCCAGCCUGGCAAACGCUCAGAUCUUGAUUCCUAGUAACCAAGCCAGUGUGAGUAGCAUGCUCCUGGAAGGACGGACGCUGUUGGCGCUUGCCACUACGAUGUUUGCGCCCGGAGGCAUCGAUCAGGUUCUUCAGAAUGAAGAUGGGGAAAAACCUCUGAAGAAAGUUGAUCCACAGCUCCUAAAAAUGGCAUUGACUCCCUACCCCAAACUCAAAGCUGCUCUCUUUCCCCCCUGUACUUCUCAUGGGAUUUUGCCACCUGACAUCUCCCUCUACCAUCUUGUUCAGUCAUUAGUGCCCUUUGAUCCCACUAAAUUAUUUGGCUGGCAGCCAACAAAUACUCUUGCUGUGUCAGAUGCACCAAGCGACUUUCCUCAUUUUUCAUCCCCUGAACUGGUGAACAAAUACGCUAUAACGGAACGACUGGAUUUUUUGUACUAUUUGCACCACGGACGUCCAUCGUUUGCUUUUGGCACAUUUUUGGUCCAGCAGCUGGUAAAGAGCAAAUCCCCCAAACAGCUGAUUCAGCAAGCAGGAGGUGAAGCCUAUGUUUUAGCUCUUUCCUUCUUCAGCGUACCCUCCGUAGCAGCCGCCUGUGUGUGUUUCCUGGAAUUGCUCGGCCUCGACAGCCUCAGGCUCAGGGUGGAUAUUAAAGUUGCAAACAUGAUUUUCAGUUACAGAACUAGAAAUGAAGAAGCUCAACACACUCAAAUAAGAGAAUCUUUGGUGGACAAGUUAACAAAAUUGGCUGAUGGUGAAAAAGCAGCAGCAGCAGCAGUUCUUACCUCCUUAGAAGAAGCCUUUUGGGAUGCAGUUGAGCAUCAAGGAAUAAAGAAGACAUCUAGUGACUCCAGAAGGCAGUGGUCUUUGGUAAUGCAGUUCUGUAAACUCCAUGAUAUCGGACUGAGUACAUCGUACCUAAAGGAAUGUGCCAAGUCCAGCGACUGGCUGCAGUUCAUCAUCCAAAGCCAGCUGUACAGCUACCAGCCGGAUGAGGUCAUUGCUGUCCUUCAAGAUUUCACUCCCAUUCUUCAAGAUCACUUGAUGCUGGCCCUGGAGAAGUUACUGCCUUCGCGUCCUGACGCAGGGAGUCCUGCGGACGGUGCUGCCGCUGUGUUGAAGAGCAGAUAUGCAGAUAGUCUCUUCCAAAUCCUUUUCCAGUGUCAGGGGCACUCGAACCCUCCAGGUUACCUUUUGGCGGAAGGAUUGAGAGAGCACGCUCCCAUUCUGAGCGUGUUAGCAGCGUGUUUCCACGAUGCAAACGUUAUCCAUUGCCUCUGUGUUUGGGUAAUCACUACUGUGGAUGAUGCUACCAGAGUUGAAGCCACAAACCAUAUUCAAAGCUCGGCAGAAAAUCACGAGUGGGAUCUUCAGGACCUGUCAGCUAUCUGGAAAGUCUUGUUAAGAAAGCAAAAAAGUAAAACACUUCUAAAUGGCUUCCAGCUCUUUUUAAAGGACUGCCCUCUGCUGUAUAUACUGGAGAUGUAUGAACUAUGUAUGAACUGUAAAAAAUACGGUGAAGCUAAAACCAAACUGGGCAAGUUUCAGGAGAGUCUCACAAAACUUAAAACUGAAGAGGAACCAGCAGUUUCAGAACUGCCUGUGCAGUGGUUGGAGUCACAAGCGUUGUUUCUUCUGGAAUUGAUGAUGCAGCAGUGUCGAACGGAAUACGAACUCGGAAAGCUCUUACAGCUGUUUGCUGCCGCCGAUAAUCUUCUGCUCAAUGGCCCUUAUGUGAAGAAACUCUGUGCACUCAGCGAGACCCUGCAGGAUUCCUCCAUAUCGAUCAGUCGCUCCAUCCUGACCAGUUACAGCAUGGAGGUGUUUCGGAGUGAGUGCAGAUCAAUUCUGGAGCAGCUGCAGGAGAAAGGGAUGUUCUCACUGGCGCGGGAGGUAGCAGCGCUAGCUGAAUUGCCUGUGGACAACGUAGUUACGCAAGAGGUUCUGAGAGAUCUACAUCGUUUAAGAGACUCUGGACAGUGGCAGCAAAACCAGACAAGGACUGAAUUCUGGAAAAAAUGUAAUGACAGCUUCAUGAAAAAUUCAAUCUCCAGCGAAGCUGCGUCGGAUUUUUUUUUGGAGCAGGCAAACACCGUGUUUGAAUCUUCAGCUCCCGAGAAGGUGACCAGCAGUAUGGAGAGACAUUUGUUGCUUACCCUGGCUGGCCACUGGCUGGCCAAGAAUGACGCGGCGCCGCUGCACAGAUUAGAAGAGCUAGAGAAGCAGAUCUGGGUUUGUCGCAUCGCGCAGCGAACGUUAUCCGCAGAUGAGGGGCCUGGCGAGCCAAGGUUUUCCUCCCAUGUAGCAGCGAGCAGGGAUCUUACCUUUGAGAACUUAGCUAAGGAGUUUUCUUUUGCCAAGCUACCUGCCCUGAACACGCCGAAGUGCUUAAGGCUAGAGGGUCUCGCCUUCAGGGAGUCUCAGCAGACCUUGGCCAAGGAUGAGGAGGAAUCGCUCCAGUUUCUGAUCGGACGCCUCCUUGACGAGGGAAGCGUGCACGAAGCCAGCCGCGUCUGUCGGUAUUUCCGUCUCUACAACAGAGAUGUGUCGCUGGUGUUGCAUUGCAGAGCUCUGGCCUCGGGGGAGGCUGACCUGGGCAAAUUGCACACGGAUAUCCAGGCUCUCCUUGCAGCGCGAGAGAAGACGUCUGCAGGCAGUGCAGCUCAGCAGAGCAGAGUCCCAGGCGCAUCAGGCUUAGAAGACUGGACACACCUCGUGGCUCCAUCUCCAGAUGAUCAAGUCGUUACCAGCCUGAAGGUUCUCCUAGAUGAAUGUGUCCAUGGGAGGAACUACUGCAGACAGGUUCUCUGCUUGUAUGAACUGUCUCGGGAACUGAACUGCUCCUACGGUGAAAUAUCAGCCCACGACCCAGAAAAAGUGCUUGGAGCCAUCCUGUCGUCCCGCCAGCCGGACAGAUGCAGGAAAGCUCAGGCAUUCAUCACCACGCAGGCUCUCCAGCCCGAAACGGUGGCAGAGCUAGUGGCUGAAGAAAUCAUGCAGGAAUUACUGGCAUCUUCCGAAGGGAAAGGACAGAAGCAGGUUUUGAACGCUGCGGCCGAGAGCCAGGCAUUCCUCCAGCUCGCUAAGCUGUGCCAGGAUCAUACGCUGGUCGGCAUGAAGUUACUGGAUAGAGUUGCCUCUGUGCCACGGGGGGAGCUGGCGUGCAUUACAGAAUUGCUGAUUCUGGCCCACAGCUGCUUCAGUUUGACUUGCCACAUGGAAGGAAUCACUCGGGUCCUGCAGGCAGCACGGCUGCUCACCGAUGAACACCUGGCACCUAACGACGAGUAUGGACUUGUGGUACGUCUACUGGAGUCCGUCUCCUCCGGCAGGUACAACGACAUGACCUACAUAUUCGAGCUGCUGCACGAGAAGCACUACUUCGAAGUGCUCAUGAGGAAGAAACUAGACCCGAGCGGGACGCUGAAGACGGCUCUGCUGGAUUACAUCAAGCGCUGUCGGCCAGGGGACAGCGAAAAGCACAACAUGAUAGCCCUUUGCUUCAGUAUGUGCCGAGAAAUUGGAGAGAAUCACGAGGCUGCUGCUCGCAUCCAGCUGAAACUCAUUGAAUCGCAGCCGUGGGAGGACUCUCUUCAGGAUGUUCCAAAUUUAAAGAAGCUGCUGCUGAAAGCUCUGACUCUCUUCAUCGACGCAGCAGAAAGCUAUUCUAAGGACUCCUGUGUCCGGCAGUCCUUGCGCUGCCGUCGGCUGACAAAGCUCAUCACCCUCCAGCUGCAUUUCCUCGGCACCGGUCAGCGCACGAUGCUGAUCAACCUGAACAGGCAGCACCUCAUGGACUCCAUCAUGUCCCUGCCGAGAUUCUAUCAGGCAGUGAUUGUGGCUGAGGCUUACGAGUUUGUUCCCGACUGGGCCGAAGUUCUGUACCAGCAGGUGAUCACGAGGGGAGACUUUGCGUACUGGGAAGAAUUCAGGCAGCAGAGGCCGCCAAAGCCGGGCCUGUUCGAGGAGAUUGCGAAGAAAGUGAAACAACACCCGCCCGCUGACGCUGCUCGGAGAAACCUGAAGAGACUGCUUGCCUACUGCGAAGAUACCUACACGUACUACCGCCUGGCCUACGAUAACAAGUUCUACGACGUGGCAAACGCGCUCCUGAAGGACGCGCAGACCGGCUGCUGCCUGAGCGACAUGCUGUCGAGCUAG